GUUGUUGUUAUGAGGGCGGUCUGUGUUGUGCCAGUAAACAGUGAAGUGUCGCUCAGUACUUCAUUACAGUCAUUUGUUUCUCUUGAGCAGCAGACAUGUCUGAAAACACGUUCCCGGUGUACAAAGUGGAUGUUAUAGUGCAGUUUUACCGAACUGAGGUUUUGACUGGACAAGAGUCUAAACAUUUCACCAAGAAUGACCUCACUCCGACUCCUAAGCCAGAAUCCGUUCAAAGGCUCUACAUGAGAAUUUUGCAGCUUCUCUUUCGUUUCAGACCUGAGUGCCAUUACACGGUGCCGCUGUCUGAAAACAUUCAGUACCCGAUGCUGUACGAGUCGUUUGCUCCAAUCAUGAGCGUUUACAUGCGCAUGUGCCAGUUUUUACCGGUCUGCCGUGUGUAUGAUUUUUCACUGAGUGAUCUGCUCAACCCCAAGACGAAGCGAACAAUCACUAUACUCAGCGCAAUCCAGAAUUUCCUGCACUUCAGAAAGCAGAGGUUGGAAAUUACUGCAGCCCACCAGCAAAGUUUUCGAGCUGAUAUGGACCGACUCCAGGCAUACACAAGAGAAAUAAAAGAGGCUGAGAAGAAGAUUGAGAAGCUGACUACCAUACCACCAGAGCAGCAAGCAGAAGCUAAAGAGCUGGCGUCCGCCCUGGCAGAGCUGAGCACUAACACACAGCAUGAAUACCAAGAUGUGAGCGCAAUUAAUGAAAAGGUUGCACAGUUCAAGACGGAAAUUGCGGAGCUGUCACAGAAACUGACUCAAAGGAAAGUAGAAGUGGCGACACUGAAGGAUGAAAUAUCAAAGCUCAAGUCUCAGAUCGUGGAGUCGCCUGAAGAGCUGAAAAAUGAAAUGGAAAGAAUGAGAGAGACUGCGAAGAACAUCAAGAUGUCGAAAGAGCUGGCGGAUGAGCGGCUGGUGGAGCUGCAGAUGCUGGUUCAGUGUGCCAGUCAGGUGGAGGCAGAAAUCCAGAUCCUGCUCAAACAGCUGCAGGACUUGCAGAGCAGCAUGAGCAAGACCAAACAGCGAAAAGAGGAGGUUCAGAGUUUAGAAGUCAUGAAUGAAAGCUUGCAGAAAGAGCUGAAAAGCCUGAGCAGUGAAGAAGCCCAGCUGAAGAGGGCGCUCACCAUGAAACUCGACAAGGAGUCCAAACAACAGAUUCGUAGACAGAAGAAAAAAGAGGUGAAAGAUCAGCAAGUCAAAAAUAUUUAUGGACAAUAUGACAAAAUGCACCAGAAACGGCAGGAAAUUGUGAAAAAAAUUGAAGAAUGCAACCGUGAAACAAAACAGUUUAAGGAAAAAAUGCAGGCACUGAGAGAGAAUUGCAAUCAACGGACUCAAAAAGCCCAGGAAAUUUAUGAACGACUCCUCACAACAUUGGAGCAGUAUCACAAGCGGAUCGAAAAGAUUUUGGUGGAGACUAAUGCUGACGCUCUGAAAAUGAAGUCACAUUUCUAGAGUGAUUUGUUUGUACAAUGGUUGUGUCAUUUGUUUCAUUGUGUUUGUGUGUUAUGUAUUGUCCCCUCUCCUUUACAUUCAAAAGAUGAAUGAACAGUUGCAUUUAC